GGGAAAGUUUUUCCACAGGGACGAAAGUCGCAGAGGGAAGAGAGAGCAAGUCCAGGAGAAAGGACGGCCGAAGGAGCGGCACCGAAAUCGUCGCAGCAGCAGGCCUUGGAUUUUACGUAUGCCUCGGACAAGAAGAAUUGUGAAGGCGACAAUGCCUGCCGAUGAGUUAGAACACCCCAGCAAAAAAAAGGGUUCAGGUGGAAAACAACAAAAGAGAAAAUUAGAGAAAGAACGGAAUGCACAAGCAGUCCCGAAAAAGAAACAGCAGAGAACAGAAUUUGCUGAAGCAGCAACUUCUGUGUCCACAAAAGUAGUGCGAGUGACUCCAAACCAAAGAGCAGAAUGGCAGCCGCUCUCAAAGAGCACUAGAGAACACUUGGAAUCCAUGAUGCAUUGGUUAAUAAUAUCUAUCUUGUAUGAAACGCCAAAGAAUCAUAGUGAAGUUGAAAAGCACUUAAACCUGCUCAAGAACAGGUUACUGCACCAUUUUGAGAACCUGAGAGUACCUGUGCAGAAAGUGCGUAGUCAAAAGAAAAAGCCUAAUAUUGCAGCGGAAAAGGAAAAGAGUCUAAUGUUAGAAGAAGGUUUGGCAGAACUGGAGAAUGAAAUAGACAGAGCUUUGUCAGCAUCAGAAUUCAGAGACAAGCGUAUUCAAAGUCUCCAGAACAAAGUACUUAACUUAAGAUUUAAACUAAAAGCAAUGCAAGCAAAAGCAGACAAGUUCUUCCAAAGAGCUGUCGAUGGCAAUCUUGCUCUCCCUGAUAUCCCAGUGGGCCAUCUAAAAGCACCCAUUCUUCAGAAUGAACUUUUGAAGAUUGGAAACCAACAAGGUCUUCUUCAUGAUUUGAACACCAUUCAGCAAUCAGAUGAAAUGAAGACUAUGUUAUCUUUUCUAGAAAAGGCAUAUGAAAAUGUGGUCUUUAGAAUAAAGUGAGGUAGUACAUGAAUAAUGCUCAUUGAAGAGCAGAAACCUAAGCUGUAGCUCUUGUUUCUUUUAUCUCUUAUGGGUAUGUGCAAAGAAGGAUUUGAAAGGAUUUUUUUUAAUUUUCAGAACAUGAUUAUGAUUUCCUUAGGGUUAUUUGUCUCUCUGGAUUACACUCAUGCAUUAUCCCAAUGUGUUCCUUGGAGAGUUUUAAAAUUUACUAACCUGAAUAUGAAGAUACAUGUUCUGCUUAUUACUUUAAUAUUUUUGCUUGCAUUGUGCCAUCUUUCUUUUGAAACUUGCAGCAAGCUUACUAGGUGAAUGCAGUAUGCUACAGUUCCAUUUGUGCAAAGGUGUGAAGAGCUUAGCUUCCUAUGAAAGAACUGGGUAUUGUAGCUUAAAACCUUCCUGGUUUUCAUAAAGCUUAUUUUUCCAGAGGCUCAAAC